CUGGUGCAGUUGUUGGGUCGGGAGCUGAGUGGGGGUGCAGCUCGGUUUCCCCCGAUACCCCUCCCCCUCAGGCGCGAGCCCCACCCCUUCGCGGGCCAGGCCGACCCCGCCGAACCACCCCCUGCGGCGCGAGCCCGGGGUGGCUCCGGGCGCCCCCCAGCAGACCCCCAUCAUGGGCAGCCAGAGCUCCAAGGCUCCCCGGGGCGACGUGACCGCCGAGGAGGCAGCAGGCGCUUCCCCCGCUAAGGCCAACGGACAGGAGAAUGGCCACGUGAAAAGCAAUGGAGACUUAUCCCCCAAGGGUGAAGGGGAGUCGCCCCCUGUGAACGGAACAGAGGAGGCAACCGGGGCCACUGGUGAUGCCAUCGAGCCAGCACCCCCAAGCCAGGGAGCUGAAGCCAAGGGGGAUGUACCCCCCAAGGAGACCCCCAAGAAGAAGAAGAAAUUCUCUUUCAAGAAGCCUUUCAAAUUGAGUGGCCUGUCCUUCAAGAGAAAUCGGAAGGAGGGUGGGGGUGAAUCGUCUGCUUCCUCGCCCACAGAGGAAGAGCAGGAGCAGGGGGAGAUCGGUGCUUGCAGCGAGGAAGGCGCUGCCCAGGAAGGGAAGGCUGUUGCCACCCCCGAGAGCCAGGAACCCCAGGCCAAGGGGGCAGAGGCUAGCACUGCCUCCAAGGGAGGAGACACAGAAGAAGAGGCAGGGCCCCAGGCUGCAGAGCUGUCCACCCCCUCCGGGCCGGAGAGUGGCCCAACACCUGCCAGCGAGCAGAAUGAGUAGCUGGGUGGGGGCAGGUGGGUGAUCUCUAAGCUGCAAAAACUGUGCUGUCCUUGUGAGGUCACUGCCUGGACCUGGUGCCCUGGCUGCCUUCCCGUGCCCAGAAAGGAAGGGGCUGUUGCCCCCUCCCAGCCACGAUCGAUCCCUUUCCACUUUUC